GGAGGAGGAGGUCAUUAUAAUAUCCAUAAAACUUCUGUUUUCUGGAGUGUUGGCGACUUGUCGUUCCUUGCUUUGCGCAUCUCUGCAACUCUAUAUAAGAGCCAAAAGAGAGCGGACCCAACCCUUCUUUAUGCUUUUUCAUUCAUCCCCUGAAAAUCAAUCCGCUUUCUAUUUCGAUCUCUUCUUCUUCUUCACCCAUUUUUAAUUUUUCUUUUCAAUUUUUUUAAUUUAUUUUUCCUUCAUCCUUUUUAGCUUUCUGGUCUGAUUUUUGCUUCUUUCAGAUCUUCAAAGCGAGAGAUUGAGAAAAGAAGACCCAAAUGGGAAAAUCUUCUUCUAGUAAAAGGAAACGCUCCAAAUAUUCCUUUCAGGUACUCUUCCACAUUUCUAUUUUCAUUUUGUCUCUGAAUUUUAAUUUUGUACAAUUGUUAUUAUUUUUGUUUUUAAUUCAACACUCAAUUGUGUCUUAGCGCUUUAAAUGUGCAUUUUUUACGUUUCAUGUUUGAAUUUUUCUAUCUGAUUACUCAAUUAUGCCUUGAUAUUAAGCUUUAUGGACUGUAACUCGUUGUUUGAUUCAAUACCCUUUCCUCUUGCAGACAUGGGCUCUUGUUGUACGCGUGUGUGUGUGUGUGUAUUACUGUACUUGUGUAUGGUACAUUUAGUUUAUGAGGAGCAAUUAUAGUAGGAACAUUCCUAUGACAAUAAAUCCAAGAAAAUUCAGCAAUUGGGUUUACAAUUUCAGUUAGUGCCUUAUUAUUAUAUGUACAUAUGUAGGGGUGGGCUGGGAUGGUGGUUGAUGUUUUGGUUCUGAAGGACAGAAAAUUGACAUCGAACUAAUAUUGAGAAAUUUUAUUUUUUAACUUAUAAUGAUGGAAAAAAGAGCAUUUGGCAAAUUUACCUAAAUAUGGAUUCUGAAUUUUUUGUAGUCUUAAUGCCAUUUAUUUAUGCACCAUAAACAGUAUAUUGUUCAUUUAGGGUCGUACACAGAAGAGAAGUAAGACUAGGAAAAGUUUAUCAAAGAAGCUUCAGCAGUGUGAUGAUUCAGUUUCUUAUUCUAGCUAUGAUUCAAGAAGUUCGGUAUCCAUUUCCUCCAGUUCUGAGGAUAGUUACUAAGGUAGAAGGUCUCCGUCUAGGUCUUACACUUGUAAGGGUGUGAAGGGGACUAGAAGGAGGGCUCGCACACGCUCUUCUGGCUGUGAGGAGUCUUGUCACUUGAGAAAGCAGAAAGGUUCAAGGAGAAAAGGCAAUUCUGAGACAAGGAAGAAAGCAACUAGGAACAAGAAAAAGAAGAAGUCUUGGAGAGAUGCAAGUAUUAGUUCUACGAGUAGUGGCUCAUAGAGUUGUUCGCCUUGUCAGAGUUUAAGUAGUAGUGGUGAAAGUGAAUAUGAGAACCAUAGGGUCAGGUCUGAAAGAAGAGACAACAAUGAAAGAAAAUUGAGGAAUGUUAAAAGUGGAACUAAAAGGAGUAGGUAUAGGUCAAGGAGUUGUUCUUCUUGCAAUAGACAUAAUGGAAGUGGUGAUUAUUGGAGUGAGGAGAAAGUGACUAGUGGGAACAUUUCAAGGCGGCUGAGAUCAGUUAUCACCCUCACAAAGGAGGAUGAGGAGAGAAGAGAGUUGGAUUGGGAUGAGCAUAAAGAGGAGCUGAUAUAUGAUCAUAAUAAUUACCCAUCUAGCAAAAGCAAUGAUAGUAAUGAUGGGGGAAAUACAAUGGUGUCAGCUCAUCAAUCACAUGUUGCAUUUGAUAAGAAAAGGUCAAUGGAGAUUGAGAAACGAGAAGAUGCUUCUGUUUUGAUCAUUAAGACCAUCAAACUCACAGACAAUUACAAAGAAGGAGAUGACCAGUAUGUGAGAAGUGAACCUGCUUGUGGCGGGGUUGGGACAAAUGAUACUACAGAGGAAAAGAAUGGUGACAAAUCUGAAGCUUCUGGUAAUGUGAAUGGUAAUGAUUUGUAGUCAAUUUUAAGACAAAAGGCUUUGGAGAAUCUAAGAAGGUUCCGUGGAGGGUUUCAGACAAAUGCAAAGAAUGAUGUUAAUCAGAAAGAUAUGAAUGAUGGUACUUUGAAGUCACCGUCCACUACAAAGGCUGAAGUGAAACCGAGUCCCUAAAGGAUGAUGGUGCUUUAGUAGUUGGGAGAAAUUCUGCUAAUUCUAUGCAAAAAGAUGAGAAGAUUGUUGAUGGAAAAUGCUCAUCUACCCAACCACGUAGCUGUUCCAGGCAGGGAAAAGGUCAGUAUGACUUUUGGGUCUGGUACAAACAAACCAAGGUUGGUUACAUCCGCAUUGAAGCAAGCAUUAUCAAUUUCUACCACUGUUGCAGUGGAGGUGCCUGCUUCACAGAUACCUAAUAAGGCAAAAUCAUCGAGUGUGAGAAGUGUUGGUAAGCUUAAUGCGACUCCUCUAAGCGGCAAUGAUAACAGUGACAAAGUUAGCAACACCUCUGAUGUUUCUUCUGCCGAGCUUUCAUCUUGCUUUGCACCUACAGGAGAAGAUGUUGGCUUGAAUAAAUUGCAAGAUGAAGGUAAGGAGGGCUUACAGUUGGAAAAGAAGGCAGUGUCUUCUGUGACAACAAUGAAGGGCAGUGGCCACUGUGACGCAGUUAAUAAUGCCUCUUGUUCUACUUCUGCUGAGCCUUCUUCUCACCUCGCAUCUGAAGCAAGAGAUAUAAGCUCAAAUAAAGUGCAAGAUGAUGGUAAGGAGAGUUCACAAUUGGAGCAGGAGACAAUGUCCGUGAUGCGGGGUGGGGAAAUGGUACAGGUAAGCUACAAGGUCUACAUCCCUAAAAAGGCUCCAGCUUUGGCUAGAAGGUAACUCAAGCGGUGAUGUUUCUGGUGCAAUACACCAUUUGAAGAAUUCUUGGCAUAUUCAUCAC